AUGAAGUACUCUCUUGCUGCCUCAUUGAUUCUGCAGAGCACUGUUGUGCUCGGCAACCUCUUGCCUGUUCAUAUGAAGGCACCCACAGCAGCACACUUUCUUGAUGUCGUGCGCAACGACACCUACGACUUUGGCUGUCGGCCAGUGGCCAUCCCCACCGACGAUGGCAGGUUCAAGCUCAAUGCCCUGCUCACCGAGCAGCAAAUCCUCCACCUGACCAAGGAGUUUGAAUCCGACCCCGAAUUCACCAUCCACCGUGAGGAAAUCGUCAAGCGAGCCGAUGCCGCCCCCAUCGGCACGGGAGACCGUUUCCAGGGUGGCGCCGUGGCACCGUCUGGCCUGGGAACCAAGCCUGCGGGCUCGACUAUCAGCAGCCUUAUGAAUGUGAAUGAAAUCAACUCGGCUAUCAGGGGCCUUGCAACCGCGUAUGGUGCCAACACCCUCGCGCUCCCGAACAGGUCCUUCCAGGGCCAAACCUCGACCCUCAUCUACGUGGGCGCAGGCACAGACAAGUCCAAGUACCACCUCUACUUCAGUGCGGGCAUGCACGCUCGUGAGCGCGGAGGCCCUGACCAGAUUCUCUACUUCAUUGCCGAUUUGCUGGCGGCCAACAAGGCCAACACGGGUCUGACCUAUGGCCGCAAGACCUACACGAAUGCCCAGGUCAAGUCUGUUCUUGCGGCCGGCAUCGUCGUCUUCCCGCUCGUCAACCCCGACGGUGUUGCCUACGACCAAUCGUCCAACUCGUUCUGGCGCAAGAACAGGAACACACGAUCCGGGUCCAGUGGAACCUCCAUCGGUGUAGACAUCAACCGCAACUUUGACUUUUUAUGGAACUUUAGGCGAUACUUUGCCCCCAGCGAAGCGCCUGCUUCCUCGUCACCAAGCUCCGAGGCCUUUUACGGCACCGCCCCGGCUUCCGAGGCAGAGACCAAGAACCACGUCUCGGUCUACUCGUCCUUUCCCAAGAUUCGCUGGUUCAUGGACAUCCACUCGGCCAUUGGCGAGAUUCUGUACAAUUGGGGCAGUGACGAGCUCCAGACCACCACCCCGACCAUGAACUUCCUCAACCCCGCCUACGACGGCAGACGCGGUGUUCUCGGUGACACCGCAUACAGAGAGUACCUCCCGGCCACCGACGCCAACAACAUCAGGAGCGUUGCUUCGAGGACCGCAGCUGGCAUGGCCGCGGUUGGCGGUCGUAGGUAUUCUUCCAUCCAGUCUGCCGGCCUGUACGCCACUUCCGGAGCCAGUGACGACUAUGCCGCCAGCCGAGUCUACGCCAUCAGCGGUGCCAACAAGGUCCAUGGUUUCACCAUGGAAUUCGGCUACUCGACAAACUUCUACCCCACGCUGACAGAGUUCAACCAGAACAUCCUGGAUACGUGUGCGGGUUUCUUUGAUUGGGCAUUGGCUGCUAUUAGCGUUGGCCUCGAGUAA